GAUUGUUACAUAUUGAAGACAACGUCUUUCGCUCAAAUCAUAGCUGAAACUUCAUUUUCUAAGAAGCAGUAUUCAAAAAAUACAUUUAAAUGUUAUUAAGUUACCCAUUGCGUGCAUUGCAUUGCAUGCAUCGCGCAUUCUGUAAUAGUUUCUCAAAAACGACAUUUAACGAUGUUAAAUGUGGAGGCAAAACGCUAAACAAACGGCUCUCAAUAAUGUAUGUCGCAAAGAGAAAGCAGUGAGCAACCCCUAAAAGAACACCACACUCAAAGCUAACGUCGUAAAAUUUGUAAAGCAUAAUCAAGCGGCAAAGAGUUCAGACAAGUAUAUUAUGACAGGACUAAAAACUCCACUCCCGUAUUAAAGCCAGAUGUGCGAUUGAAAAAUCCAGAACUUUGAAUAUAAAAUUUGUUUGAGUUGUAAGAGUGUUCUCCCCGUUCCUAUCUUUUCCCUUGUAAAUUGGGCGUAGCAGCUACUCGUAGCUCAGACCGGUGCCCAGGUGCAACAGUCCUCAUUGUGCCAUCAAAGACAACAAGAUGGAGAGCUACGGCAGCAGCAUUGCUUCCACCCCGCUGGCCACCGCACAGCCCAGUCCCAGUGAGCAACAGGAGGCCAUUGCCCUGAAGAAAGCGCUCGAGUGGGAGCUGAGCCUGGACGCCCGCGAACUACGUUCCCACGCGUGGUACCACGGAGCCCUUCCCCGCCAGCGAGCGGAGGACAUCGUAAAGCGCGAGGGCGACUUCCUGGUCCGCGACUGCGCCUCCCAGCCUGACAACUACGUGCUCACCUGCCGGAGCCAGGCAGCCGUUCUGCAUUUCGUAUUAAACAAGUUGGUUAUACAGCCGGAGACAGUUUACGAACGGGUACAGUUCCAAUUUGAAGAGGAUGCCUUCGGUACCGUACCCGACUUAAUUACAUUCUACGUGGGAUCUGGGAAGCCCAUCUCGUCGGCGUCGGGGGCUCUUAUUCAAUUUCCAUGCAAUCGCACCUAUCCGCUAUCCUUCUAUGGCCACAAAAUCGUUGGCAACCAGCUUCACACGCAAAUGCUGGCCGGUCUCCGAAGUCUAAGUCUUCCUAAUACGGCGAUAAGCGGUAAUGGUGAAUUAGAAAAAGGCGUUCAUGGGGCCUUUCGCUUUGAUCCUCAGACGCAACAGCUCUCUCCAAAGGAUGGCUCUCCGGCCAGUCCGCACUGUUCGCCUCCGCGGGCACGACGAGAAAUCCCUCCACCGCCGCAGCUGCCUUGCAAGAAGCAACAGCGCUUCCAGAGCCUUACGCCGGCCCAGGCCAUGUUGGUUAGCAACAUCAACAAGCUUCAGGAUCAUCAUCAGCCUAUGCAGGAGCUUACAAAUGAAAAUGCUAAUACUAUGGUCCGCUUUCAGACGAUUGCCAGGUGUAACCCCACCAGCGAACAGCACCUAGAGAGUAAAUUCACUAGCCACUCUCUGCCAAGGCCCAACACUUCUGCGGCGCAAGCGCUGCGAAAAAAUUUAAUGGUACAGAUCUCGAGCCUGGCAAGGAAUUGCAGCCCGGACUCGCCUUCGGAUUCUCAACCGCCCAGUCCACCUCCCAAGCCGCGCAAGGAACCCGUAGCCGCGGUGCUGGCGUACCAAGCCAGUGGUUCUGAUUCGGGCAAUGGAUCCGGCGACUCUACUCUAGGAGAUGCGUGCGAACCAAGCUUACAGCGGGGUGUGGUUAUUAAGAAUCCCCGAUUCAUAAACAGCUUUGUCGCAAAUGAGACCCAUAGAAGUUUCACAGAAUUUGACGUCCUUGCCGCGGAAGAGGAGCUCUUUACAAUGGCCAUAGAGGAAGCUAGAACAGCGAGCAAGUUCGAUUUUGACAAUUUUGUCACUCUACUAUUGCCAUCUGUCUAUAAUAAACCAUUGGACGGUGAUGCCCUUAACACCUUUAAAAUUAUGCUGCUAGAGACGGGACCAAAACUACUGGCGGAGCACAUAACUAGCAUCGACAUCGCUCUAUUUUUGGAGGAGCCAUUAAACGAGGAGAACUACUAUCUGAGCUCUUCGGGUAUGGAGCUGCUGACUCUUCCCCACGGUAAACUUUUCCGUGAGGAUAUAAUCGAGCGGACACAGUGCAUUAAGCUAAUGGUAGCAGUGACAAUACUUACCUGUCAAACGGAUCUGGAUCGUGCACAACUGCUCAGUAAAUGGAUUGAAAUAGCGCUGGAAACUAAAACGGCCUUAGGAAAUCUGUUUGCGUUCUGUGCCAUCAUGUUGGGAUUAUGCAUGCAUCAGAUUCAGAAGCUCGACCAGGCCUGGCACAUUUUGAGGCAGCAGUAUACGGAGAGCGCCUUUACAUUCGAGGCCAAGUUACGUCCUACGCUUAGUAUUAUGAACGAGGCUUCUAAUCCACAGGCCCCAAACACAACCGUUCCUCACGUUCUUCUUUACGCAUUAUUAAUCGAUCGGCCCGUAAUGGAUAUCAUAAAUAACUCUAGUAUCUAUGAUCGUCCUGCUCUAUACCAUAGCUGUAUAGCUCCAUGGGAAUUAAAAGCCGACGACUUUGGCAUGGCCAUUAAUUUCCAACACCUGGAUGCUUCGCGUGGCUUUCUAAAGAAUUUAGAUUUAUAUCGUAAGAAUGCUAAAAUUAUUCUUGAGGACGCCGUUCCUAGAUUGGAUGUGAUUUUAUCAGAUGCCUUUCGAACCGAGUUCCAUGUGAAGUUCCUAUGGGGCAGUUCCGGAGCAAAUGCAAAGGCGGAAGAUCGUCACAGAAAACUGGAAAAAGUGCUGACCAUGAUGGCCGACAAGUUCUGCACAUUGUCAGAUUAAUAUUCUGUGAAAUAAUAAAGUCUUAACUACAGUCUAUUUAUAUUUAGUUAACUUACUAUAAUUAAUUGAUUAUAGUACAUUUUGUACUCCUCAUAUUUAUCAUACUAGCUACAAUAUCGCCAAUAUCUCAGAAAAUUAAAGAAUAAAUAUUAACUUUAGCAAGAACACUAAAACACUCUUUGAACAGCUGUCCUUCAAUCAACACUUAUUACUUAAGACACCAGCACAUAUAUAUUUAUUAAAUCAUUAAGCUUUAGAGGCAUUAAUGUAUAAAUGAAAGCCAACCAUAAAAAUCUGCAAAUUGACUACAAAGAUUUGUAUUACAUUUUGUAUUAAACUAAAAAAAACCUAUAUAGCGAACUAGUGCCGCCCCUAGCGGUAUACUAGCGUAUAGCUAAAACAUCUGAUAAUAAGUACUGAAACUUUUUUAAAGAUUUUCAAAAUAUUAAAAAAUGUGGGCGCUAGACGUGUUUUUGUGUUAUGGUCGCUUGUGGUAAUAAGUAAUUGAUAGUUUCACCAAGUUUUUUUGGCUCUAUCCGGUCAAGAAGAUCUCUA